UGGAGAACAACAAACCGUUACAAACACGUCGUUGAAGAUGCAGAUCUCAGUAUGUUUCUUGGCCAUCGUCUGCAGUGCAGUGGCUCUACCAGCAGAAAUCCCUUUUGAGGCCCUUGAGGAGCUUGAUUUAUCAAAACUAACCCCGAAGAACGUCUACCUCGAACCAAUCAACCCAGUGAAACCCGCCGACCUCCCGAGCUCCAGGAUCGUAGGCGGCACUGAACUAGCUCCUGGUGCUGCACCUUAUCAGGUCGCCAUCAUCGCCGACAGCAGCGACUUCUGCGGUGGCUCACUCAUCUCUCCCUCCAGCGUUCUGACAGCAGCCCAUUGCACCAUCAGGGCCUCCUACGUGCAAGUCAGAGUAGGCGCCCACAACUACAACCAAGACGAAACCACCCAGGUGCGCCUUACCAGCGCGAACAUCAUCAACCACGAGUUUUUCGACGCCUCCCUUUACCUGAACGAUAUCGCGGUAGUGUUUCUGCCUUCGGCAGUUUCCCUCACUGAUUCCAUCGGGGUCGUCGAUCUAGCCCCGGUUUCGGCAAGUACCUACGCGGGGUCGUGGGGCCUCCUGGCGGGUUGGGGCAUAACUACCGAUUCUUCUGCCAAUGUGGCCGUCAGUACGUUACGAGGCGUCUACCUCAACGUCAUCACCAACGUCGAAUGCCGAAGCAUCUACGGCAGUACUGUGCUGGAUUCGCAUCUUUGUACCUCCGGAGCAGGAAUUGCUGGUGGUUGUAGCGGCGACAACGGCGGUCCUCUGGUGAUCGAUGGGGUCCAAGUCGGGUUGGUAGCUUUCUUCCCAAUCAGAUGCGAAAACGGAAAUCCCACGGGAUUCACUAGGAUCAGCUCGUUUAGGUCCUGGAUCGCCCAGAACGCUGGCGUAUGUGGCCUUCUAGAUCCAGAAGUGAAGCUGAAGAUGAAGGUCGUGGUUUAUUUCUUGGCUGCUGUAGCAUACGCUACGACUUUGCCCAUAGAGAUCGAUUUUGACACACCCGAUGAGCUUGAGUCAAAACUACUUCCAAAGAACGUUAACGUCGAACUAAUCAAUUCCACAAACCCUGGAGUUGAUAAACCAAGGGACCUUUUUGGAACCAAGAUCAUUGGAGGGACCGAGGUAGUUCCAAAUUCUGUCCCAUACCAGGUUGCUGUCAUCAUCGACAGCACUGGCUUGUGCGGUGGUUCCCUGAUCUCCACCAACCAUGUCUUGUCUGCAGCUCACUGUACCAUCAGGGCCUCUUUUGUGCAAGUUAGACUCGGAGCUCACUACUUCAACCAAGAGGAAGCCACCCAGGUGCGCAUCACCAGCACCAGCAUCAAGAACCACGACUCCUACAAUCCCGUCGCCGUCGCCAACGACAUUUCUAUCAUCUUCCUACCUUCUUCUGUAAAAACUAACGAUCAUAUCCAAGUCAUUCCUCUAGCUGCUGCAAACGCUGGUACCUUCGAGGACUCCACCGGCUUCCUAGCGGGAUGGGGAACGACUACCGACGCAUCCGGUCCUUCACCUGCCCUAAACGCCGUUCACGUCAGAAUCAUCAGCAAUAUAGUGUGUAGGAACUUCUACGGGGGGUUGAUCACCAGUUCCAUCCUGUGCACUUCCGCAGUCGGGCCUGUAGGUCCUUGCAACGGCGACUCUGGCGGUGCUUUGGUAGUGGACGGGGUACAAGUGGGUGUUACGUCUUUUGGUACUUCAUCUUGCGAACGGGGAAACCCCAAUGGUUUCGCCAGGAUCACCUCCUUCAGGGCGUGGAUAUACGAAAAUACUGGUAUAUGAAUCUGACUGAAUAUAUUGUAUAGUUUUAGUUUUUCUAAUAAAGUAUAUAAAACACAA